AUGAUAGCACUGCACCACGACCAUCCGCGCACGCGAGAAACAGGAUACCGAUCAAGCUCGAUAAGUCGACCGAGGGAAUCUCCAGCUCCGCAAGAGCGAUCGCGUCCGCCAACAUCACCCACACGCUACAGACAAGCGUCUGUGUCAAGCACGACCCCAUCCAAGCGGUCGUGGGAAUCGACAGAAGCGGAAGCGACAGGCGAGCAGAAGCCGGUGUCCUCUAGCGGCGGGGCAUCGCGCUUUCCUUCGCCGCCGGACUCGUCCUCGCCAAAUCCAUCAUCCGCUCGUCAACGAGCGCAGGAGGAUAACAGCCCCACAACCUACAUGGCAUCCGCAACACAAACAGCUGCUGCGGCAGUUGCUACAGCCAAUCCCGUACCUACCCAACAACCUUCGCCCGAAGCCGACGCCGAAGCCGAAACCGACAAGUCAGUUCCGCCGCGAGCAAAACCCUAUCAUGCAUCCACCCCGCAAGGACACACAAUAGUCGUGCGCGAUCUCGCACACAUUCAGAGUCUGGCGAGAGCCGAUAUGAUGAACAGCGGGAAUGGACCAGGCAUACUGAACGAUCCUCCCCUGCAGGCCAUGAAGUAUGAGAUCAGCGGUAUGCCGAUCGGGGACAUAAUCGAGAUGGUGGCUGCGUUACUUACCAAAAUAACGACCACCAACGACCUUCAGCACGACGCUUUGCACCGAAAUGCGGCGCACCAACAGACGGCCGCCAGCCAUAACAAUGAUGGCGCCUCCAUGAGCCCAUUGAGCAGCUCGGUGCUUGCUUUCCACGGCAAAAAUGUCCCUGCCAUAACCAUUCUGAGCUACUUGAGUCGAAUUCACAAGUACUGUCCGACAACCUAUGAGGUUUUCCUGAGUUUGCUAGUCUAUUUUGACCGCAUGACAGAACGCGUGAAUAAUCUGGUGAUGGAGGCAGAGGAGACGAGGCGGCAGUCGGUUUCACAACAACCUGUGGCUGCAGCGUCACCUUCAAAGCCUAGCGGGCACGGCAUCGUGGAUACCAACAUGAAGGACGAGACCAGCGACGAUAGCGAUGAAACCGACUCCGACCUUGCGGAUGAUGACAACGGAGCCAAGCCGGCAAGUGCCAAAGAAUCAGGGCCACGGCAGGCGCCGUCACCAGCUACAUACUUUGUGGUUGAUAGCUUCAACAUUCACAGAUUGAUCAUUGCCGGUGUGACGUGUGCUAGCAAGUUUUUCUCGGAUGUGUUUUACACCAACUCGAGAUAUGCUAAGGUUGGCGGUCUGCCACUAGCCGAGCUCAACCAUCUCGAACUCCAGUUUCUCCUCCUCAAUGACUUCCGUCUUUCCGUGGCCGUGGAAGACCUGGAGGCCUAUGCGACCAUGCUUGUCGAGUUUUACGCUCGUGAAGUUGUAGCACAGCGCCCAAGGCCGUCUACGGGGACGGAAUGA